AUGACAGACAACGAGCAUCAAAAUAAAGACGAUCUGCUAUAUUACAUAAACAGAUACGAUGCCAAUGAUAUAUUAGGAAAUUUAGAUGAAAAUGAUAAGUUAACAAAUUAUGAUGGAAAUAGCGGAAUAUGUGAAUAUGAAAUUCCAUUUCUUUUGGAAAAUGCCGAUAUUAAUAAUAAUACCAAAGAACAUUCCGAUAGAAAUUCUGUAUCUAGUUAUUUCGAUGAUGGAACAUGUUCGAUUAUUUCUAAAAAUGAUGAAAAACAUUAUAUAGACAAAUAUGAAAAAGAAAAAAUACCAAAGGAAAAAAUAAAUAUUAUAUUUAUUCAGAAUAAAGGUGAAAUGAAUAGCUUUGAAGAUAUAUUAUCCAUGAGCAAUGUAAGCAGUGAAAAUUUAGAAAACAAAUUGAAUGAUAGAUUUUAUCAGCUAUGUUGUAAAAGUAUUGCUGAUGUGAACACACACAAUUUAAAUAAAACUAAAAAUGUUGUAAAAGAUAAAAAAGGGUCAUUGAAUAUUGAACAUAUAGAUUAUGGAGACAUAUUUUUAACCAUACGUCAUCGUCUAAGAGGGCGUGAAGGAAGAACGAGUAACAUGUUAAGUGAUAGUAAUAAUAAUAAUAAUUUGUAUAAUAGUAUGACUGAUAGUGUGAUUAGUAAUUGGAGAGAAAUGAAAAACCAAGAAAAUUUUAUAAAAUAUGAAAACUAUAGAGGACAUGAAAAGGAGUUUAUAAGAAGAAAAUUAAAAAAUACAUAUAUGAAUAAUUUAAAUGGCGAUAAAUAUUUUACUCCCAAUAGAAGAUCACGUGAUUGUUAUCGUACUAGUUUAGAUAGUUACAUGACUAAUGAAAAUGAAAGAGAUAUAUCCAAACAAGAAAAUAUGUCUCCCCAUUUUUUACCAAAAAAGAGAAAAUCCACGAAUAAUAGUUCUUUAUACAAUUCUCAAAUAAUUGGACAAAAUGAAUACAUUUUAAAGAAUAGAACAUUCUUAAAAAAUUUUUAUAUACAAAAAAAUUAUAAGCAAGAAUCUCAUAUGCAUAAUGAUGAUUAUUAUUGUGAUGAUACUCAUAGUGAAAAUUUAUAUAAUGACGAUGCAUAUAAUUAUAAUAAAAAUUUUAGUGAUAGACAAGGGAGUGUACCCAACAAUGAUUUUAUUUAUUCAAGUGAAAUUUCAAAUAAGAAAAAUUCAAUACCACAUAAUAUUUAUGUAGAUAAAAAAUUAAGCACACCACGAAACAGUACGUGGCAUAAUGAAAAUCAACCUCACGAGGAGGACAUGCUUUAUUAUCAUUCUCAAAAUAAGGAAAAAAGUCCACACUAUGGAGAAGCAGAAAAUGAAGUACAAUCAAAUAAUUAUUGUGAAGAUAAAAAUAGUAAUGUUUUUAACGAAGAUGUUAUUGGAAUUGAUAACCUCGAUGAAAAUGAUAAUAUGGUUGACAAAGUUGAAGAGGACGAUAAUACUAACAAAGAAGUUUUUUACGACAUUUAUGAUGAUGAUGAAAGAGAUAAUAACGAAAAUUUUGAUACCAAACUCGAAGAAGAUGAUGAUUAUAAAACAUAUAACAAUGAAUUAGAAGUAGAGGCAGAGAAUGGAAUAGACAACCAUACUCCAUCUAAUAAUAAUGAUAAUUUUGUAAAUUCAAGUAAGAAUGCAGAUUUGGAUAAUAUAAACAACUGUGAGAAUGUUUCAUAUUCAAAUCAUACACCAAAGAGGGAAGAAGAGAAUGGACAAAGAACUUCCUCAAUGACUAGUAAAGAUGAUAAAGAUUAUUUUGAAUUGUUAAUAAAAAAAUAUGAACAAACUAUAAUGUCAGUUAAUGAAUCUAGUACACCAUCACUUAGUGAAAGCAUCUAUUUAUUACCAGAAGGAGCAAAAGAACCUUCUUUAAAUGGUCGAGAGAUGUUAAAAACCGCAUCGAAUGCAAAGAAUGAUGUAAAUAAUAAAGUUGAAGAUUUGGAUGAAAACUUAAUAGAUUUAAAAAACAAGGAAACUACUAACGAAGGAGGAUCUUUUAGUAAUGCUUUAUCUGCAGAAAAUAAUAAUAUAGGGAAAUCAGAAACUGUACAUAAUAAUGACAAAACGGAGAUAGAAAGAGGUGAUGGAGAAAAUACAAAUGUAGACUUAAAAGAGAGUGAUGGAUAUGAAAAAUUAUUAAAAAAUGACAUGUACGAUUUAUAUAAUAUCAAAAUGCAUGAUUUAAAUAACUUAAAAUCAUACGAUUUUGAAUUUUCAAAAAAUUUAUUAAAAAACGAGAUAUUUUCUUGUGGUGAUAAUAUAAAUAAUGAUGAAAUAAACCUAAAUGAUAAUAACAUAAAUGAAAAGAUUGAUUCACUAAUGAACAAUUACAAUAUGAUGAAAAACAAACGUGACAAAUUUAAUGAAGAAGAGAAUGAAAUUCAAAACUUUUUAGCCGAAUUAAAAGCCGAUGUAACUAAUCAGCUCAAUCUAAACAACAUGGAAGAUGGGCAGGCUUUUGAUUUGCUUAAUUCAUUUGAUAUAAAUAAUAAUGACGACGAUUUUGUUGACAACUUUGACGGCAUAGACAAUAAUAAAGAGUUUGAACAUGAUAACGAUAUAAAUCAUGAUUAUAAUGAUUAUGGUGCAUAUAUGGAUGAUAUGUUUAAUAACAAUGAUGAUGAUAAUAUUUCGAGAAAGGGAUCACGCCUGAAAUUGUCUGAUUUAAACGAUGAAAAGAAUUUAUUUCAAGAUGAUAACUCUUCUCUUAAUACUCCUAUAAAAUCUUCUGGACUAAAAAAAGAUUCAGAAUCCCAAACAAAUACACCCCUUAUAUUUUCUAGAAGUAAUAGAACCCCUAGAAAAAAAAGUGUAGAAGUAAUAUUAGUAAAGAAAAAAUUAAAAAAAAGAAAAGAAAAAGAAUCAAAUGUAGCAUUUGAAAAUACAACACAUGAUGAUUAUACUGUUGGUACAACCACUGCUACUAGUAGCAUCAAUUCGAAAAGAAGGUAUCCUAAAAGAAAUAGAAUAAAAACAUUGCGAUAUUGGAUAGGUGAAAGAGAACUUACUAAAAGAAAUCCUGAAACAGGAGAAAUAGAUGUAGUAGGUUUUAGUGAAUGUAAAAAUUUAGAGCAAUUAUCCCCUCAUAUUAUUGGUCCCGUUUAUUAUAAAAAAAUGUAUUUACGAGAUGUGAAUAAUUCAAAUGAAAGGGGAAACGAAGAUGCGGACAACAGUUUAGAUCAAAAUGAUAAUGAUGAUGAUGAAAAUGAAAUAACGAUAGAAGUUAAUAAUGGUAUGUACGAAAAUGAAGUGUAUAAUAAAAUUCAAAGUAACGAGAAUUCUAUGAGUAAAAAUGAUAAUGGUGGUAGCAGAUUGAAAAGAAGUAUGAAUGCUAGUACUCAUAAUAGAAGUGAUAAUGAUACAACAAAUAGAAAGGGAAAAAGGAAAAGGAAAAAGUUUAUUAACGUUAUUAAUUAUAUUAAGAAAAAAACAAAAAAAAAAUUAGUCAAAGUUAUAGAUAAAGAAGUAGAUCAAGAAAAUGUAGAUAAUAAUAACAUCUUUCCAACUAAUGAUAAUAUAAUUAAUGAUGAAACAAAUGUCGAUCUAAAUUCUCAAAAUAAUUUGGAUCAAAAUUUAUUUGUAACUGGUAAUGAUUUUAUUGAAAAUGAUGACAACGUUUUUUUUGAUGCAGUCAGUCUUGGAGAUAAUGCACACGUGAAUGAUAUCCCAGAACAAAGCGAAGAACUUAUUGAAGCGCCAGGAGUAGAUGAAGUUGAAAACGAAAAGGGAGCCAAUCUAGAAAAUGAAACCACAUUAGAAAAGGAAACUACAUUAGAAAAGGAAACCGCAAUAGAAAAUGAAACCACAUUAGAAAAGGAAACUACAUUAGAAAAGGAAACCGCAAUAGAAAAUGAAACCACAUUAGAAAAGGAAACUACAUUAGAAAAGGAAACCGCAAUAGAAAAUGAAACCACAUUAGAAAAGGAGACUACACUAGAAAAGGAAACCACACUAGAAAAGGAAUCCAGUUUAGAAAAUGAAACCAAUUUGGAAAAGAAAAAAGAUGUACAGGUGAAGAAGAAACUAUUAGAUAAAAAGAAAAAAAAAAAAAAGAAAAAGAAAGAAAAAAAUAAAGAAAAGGAAAUCGACGAAAUGUACAAGCAAUUAUCAUUUAUGAAUUUUAGUUCAUUUUAUUCCAAAGAAAAUGGAGACAAUUCAAAAAUGGAAAAUUCGAAAAAGACAAGCACCAAAAAUAAGAAGAAAAAUAAAAAGAAAAAAAUGAAAAAUAAAGAAAUGAAACAUUCUGAUGAAGAUACAAAUAAUGAAAUUGGAAAGUUAGACAAAGAAUCAAGUGAUAAAAUAGAGGAUGAAAGUGUCAUAGGGGCUGAGUUAGAAGUGGCAAUAAAAACUACAGAAGAAAAAAUAGAAAAGAAUGAAGAGCUAUCCAUUUUAAAUUCAUAUACUAGUGAGCAUGAUGAUCACAUAACAAAUACAAAAGAUGGAAAUUCUGAACUUCACGAAAAUGACGACGAAGAAGCAAAAGAUUUUCAAACUUCUACACGUCUAAAAAAGAAAAAAAAAAUUGAAAAAUCAACUCAUGAUACAAAUGAAUUGAAUCAAAAGCGAAGAAAAACAAAUAAGAACAAUUCAAAGGAACGAAUUUCUAUUAAUGAAAAUGAUGAAAUAAAAAGUUUAGAUGUUGAUAAGAAAGUACAUGAAGAAGAAGAUAAAUAUAUGACAAAAGUUGACAAGGAAACAACUACGGAGCCAAAUAAAAAUAUGAUUGAUAAAGUAAAGAAGAGUGAAAAAAAGAGUAAUGAUAAAAAAAAAGAAACAAACGAGAAUGAUAAAAAAAAGGAAACAAACGAGAAUGACAAAAAUAGUACAUUAUGUUUGGUAACUCACGAUAAAGAAAAUAAUACGAGUGGUAAAGGUUUUAUUAUAGAUAAAUUAAAAUCAUAUUUUAAUAUAAAAGAUUUAAUAAAUAUCAACAAACCCAAAACAAAUAAUGUAAUAUUAAAUGAGUUUGAAAACACGGAAAUAAUAAAUAGUAAUUCCACUGUCCGUCUUUCUCUUUCAUAUCCGUCUAAUGUAAAAUUAUCAGUUGACGAUGGAUGUAGCCAAACAGGAAAUACACAAUUUCCCCUUAUAAAACAGAGCUCCCUAAACAAUUUCAAGCUAGACAUAAAUUUAUUUUGUGUCAAAAUUUCCCCAAACAAAGCACAUAGCUCGAAUAGUUAUGAUAAAAUUUUGGUUGGGUAUAUAUACCAGGGGAAAAAGAUAAAGAUUUAUUUUAAGAACCAAGAGAAAUAUUUUGAAAAGGAUGAGUUUUUUUACAUACCCAAAUUUUCUCCUUUCAAAAUUAUUAACAUUAGCAGGGAGGAUUGUAUUUUAUAUGUUUAUCCAAUAAGUAAAUAA